CGCAAACCAGCGCUGUCCAGAGGCUCAACAGCGCUGUCCCAACAGCGAUGUAGCCUUUGGAACAUCGCUGUUCUGGAUAAAUUUUUCAAAAAAAAAAUAUCCGUUGCAACUGCAUUAAUUGCUCCAACAUCCAUAUUUUUGAAAAUCUGGACGUUGGGGACCCUCUUUUCUAUAUAUUGGGACCCCCUCUCUUCACUUUUACACACACAAACACAAAUUUCUUCAAUAUCUCUACAUAUUUCAUCUUCUCUACUCUAAUCUUUUGAGAUUUCUUCACCAUGGGCAAAGAUAAGGGCAGAGCAGGAACCUCCGGGAAAUCAAAGUCCAAAUCCCGGGCGCCCACGACAUCCUCCGAGGAACGCCUUUACUACGGCGACGGGUCAUACCUCUGGUUUGAUUCCGAGGAGGAACGCACCCGUUUCCUCACCUUCUUCUCUAAAUGGGUUGUGGCUCCCCCGCGAAUCAUCCCGGAGCGAUACCCGGAGUUGCAGGGUUACGACGACCUAGACGCACAGCUUCAUCAAGCCGGCCUUUGGCCGUUCGUCUCCCGGGCGCGGAAGGAGAUCAACCCGGCGCUGAUCCGGGCCUUCUACUCCAACCUCCGGCGUGAGGACGACGUCAUCUACAGCCUCGUUAAGUCCACGCCGAUUGAACUCACUGUAGAGCAGCUUGGGCGCAUCGCCGGCCUUCCCUUCCAAGGCGACGAUGUCUCUCACUAUGGCGGAGAGGACUGGGUACUCAAAAACGAGGGCCUUAUCCUCAACGAGCUUGGCAUCACCGAACUCAUACGCCAUGCCUCGGGCCGCCCCACCAUCCACUCCGCUAACCCCGAAGGCCGUCUCGUUCUCUACAUCGUGUCCCGGAUCAUCAAACCCCGGAAGCACGGCCACACAAUCAUGUCCGGAGAGGACCUCAAGCUCGUCCACGCGAUCAUGCACUCGGACCCAAUCAAUUGGGCGAAGUUUGUCAUGAUCAACAUGCAUGACGAUCGCCGCGUAAUCACCACCGUUGGCCCGCUCACGAAGGCCACGAAGCUUUGGACGAUCAGCGCCCAAACCUUCACCAAGCGGUCGGACAACGCCGCGCCUGCCACUGCUGCGCCACGCCGCACUGCCACUGCCGCUGGCCCAGCCGAACCCCAGGCCCGGGCCAACCUCGCCUCCAUCGCCGACUCCCUAAACCGCCUUCACUUCAAAGUUGACGGGAUGGAUGGCUACCUUGAGAGGCUUGACGAGGCUGUCCAACGCCAAGGGUACGCCAUGAACGCAUACUUUCAACGCGUUAACUACGUCCCCCCACCGUACCAUGGCACGUUCUUUGGGCAAGUGUACGGUGACGAGGACGAAGACGAUGCCUCCUACGCCCCGUCAAGCUCUCCGGACGAAGAUGAGUUCGACGAUGCCAUCGAUGGGCAUGAGAUGGACGUCGACGACGACGAAGAAACUGGAGGCGAAGAGGAGGAAGACGAUGACUAGGCCGCCCCUAGCAUUUCUUAUCUUUUUUUUAUUGUCAUUUUUUUUCUCACUUCCAUUGUACUCCAUUUCCCAUUUUAAUAAAUAAAAGGUAUCUUU